GGCAAAACUCACUUAACAUCUCACUUAGUAGCAGAAAUUUUGGACUCAAUUGUCAUCAGUUGAGGACUAUGUAAAUAGGUUCUUUCUUAAAACUUGAUGGGCUGAAAUAAAACAAAGGAAAAUGAAAGGAAACCUUCUUCCUUAAAGUUACAUUAGCAAGAGUUCUCUAGAACGGGACAAAAUGUAACAGGGAAAAUACAGAGGAAUAUAUACAAUGCUCCCAACUCACUGAAAAUCACAGGAAAACUACAUCAUGUUUUAUGGUUGGUGAACGUUUCCGCUGUCUUAAGAUAUUUCCUUCCAUCGCUGACUUUCAGAUUUUACCCUGCACUUCUGUCUUGGUUAUAAUUCAAAGACAUUCAAGGUUUUCCUUACCUUGGAAUUUGUCACCAUCAUGGGAGAGAUUAAAAUCUCUCCAGACUAUAGCUGGUUCAGAAGUACUGUGCCUCUCAAAAAGAUCAUUGUAGAUGACGACGACAGCAAGAUUUGGUCGCUCUACGACGCAGGACCCAGGAAUAUCCGGUGCCCCCUCAUAUUUCUCCCACCCGUCAGCGGAACGGCGGACGUCUUCUUCCAACAGAUACUAGCCCUGUCGGGGUGGGGUUACAGAGUCAUUGCUCUGGAAACUUUGGGCCAGAGCGAGCUGGCUUCAAGACUCACUCUCAAUUGCCAGAAUUCCUACGUUGAACCUCAUAAAAUCCGAGAUGUCCCUGUCACCAUCAUGGAUGUAUUUGAUCAGAGUGCCUUGUCUACAGAAGCCAAGGAAGAGAUGUAUAAAUUGUAUCCCAACGCCAGGAGAGCUCAUCUUAAAACAGGAGGCAAUUUCCCAUAUCUCUGCAGAAGUGCUGAAGUAAACCUUUAUAUCCAAAUACACUUGCUUCAGUUCCAUGGGACCAGAUAUGCUGCUAUUGACCCCUCCAUGAUCAGCGCAGAAGAGCUAGAAGUCCAGAAAGCCAACCUCCAAUCUAGCAACGAGCCAGAACUACCAUCGUAAUUGGACGAUCGGCCAUUGUUUCAUCUAGAGGGCCUCGCCUCUUUCCUUGUUGGCAGAUGUCCUACCCAAUCACAUCUGACCUUCUCCUUGUCUUUCUCUUUUUCCCACUAAACUGGUUAGAAUUGGGUCCUUAAAACUCAGCUGGAUGGAUUUCAUUACAUGAAAUAAGGCUACAGACACUCGCUCCCGUUUCUGUUUCACACGCUAAGUUUGGAUAAUAAAAGUUAAGGAUGCAACUUUGGAAGACUCAUUAUAAAGAAAAGAAAACAAAACGAAUGCAACUGUCAGAGACAAAACUUUUAGUACCAAAGCCUUCAUUACUGUGCUCUUAAUCGAGAAUAAAUCUUUUUAAUAUAUAUAUCUAUAUCUGUACAAAUCUAUUAUCUCCAUGCAGAGAGGGCCUACUAUGAACAAAUUACAGAUGCCUGUACGUUCAUUUAUAAUUUGAAUAUUUAGUUUUAAACUAUGUUGGAAGUGUCAAUGUUGCUGUUAUGUUUCUUUAUAUACUGCUGCCGCUUAAUGACUUGAAAUCAAAGGGGUUUUUUUGUAAAAUUUAUUUGCUAUCGUACUUUUGUUUUUGAAUAAAAUUUUAACUGGGCGUGGGGAGGACCCCAGUUAUUCUGCUGUUAAGAA